UAUGGGCUGUCAAUCCUUCAAAGAGAACUUGAGGACAGUGACAGGAAGGGUUUUCGUGAACUGCUUAGGAUGGAUGUGGAGGAUUUCAGCUACUUGCUUGGCAAAGUCAGACCAUUUAUCCAAAGAAGGGACACGAAACUGAGAAGAGCAAUCAGUGCAAGAAUGAGGCUGUCACUUACGCUACGAUUUCUUGCUACCGGAGAGACGUUUAGAUCUCUGAGCUUCCAGUACCGGAUCGGCCGUAGUACCAUCAGUGAGAUAGUAAUGGAGACUUGUCAAGCCUUGUAUGAAGUCUUAAAGGAUGAUCAUUUAAAGACUCCCACAACGGAGGCAGAGUGGAGAGAGGUGGCAAUGGGAUUUGAAAACAAAUGGCAAUUUCCUAAUUGCUUAGGAGCCAUAGAUGGAAAGCACAUCUACAUCCAGCCACCUGCUAACUCUGGAAGUACUUACCACAAUUACAAGUCCAGAUUUUCUGUUGUACUCAUGGCAGUAGUCGACGCAGAUUACAGAUUUAUUUACGCAAAUGUUGGCGUACAAGGAAGAGUGUCAGAUGGAGGAAUAUUUGGCCAGUCAGACCUCCGAGCUGCCAUGGACAGAGAUCUGCUGAAUGUCCCACCCCCAGAGCCACUACCAGGGAGUAACAUAUCUUUGCCCUAUGCAUUUAUUGGUGAUGAAGCUUUCCCUCUUCGAAUCGACCUGAUGAAGCCAUACCCCUUCCGAAAUCUGGACCAUGGGCAGCGAAUAUUUAACUACAGGCUAUCAAGGGCAAGGCGUACAGUUGAAAACGCAUUUGGAAUUUUGGCCAAUAGACUCCGUGUUUUCCUUUCCAACAUUGCACUGGAGCCUGAGAAAGUGACAACAGUUACACUAGCUGCACUCUGUGUGCACAACUUCCUGAGGAAGAAGGCGUCAGAUGUGUACCUGCCUUCAGCCUUUGCAGAUGUUGAAGAUGACAAUCACAACAUUGUUCCUGGAGCUUGGAGAAGGGAUGGAGAACUCCCCUCUGUGGCAGCAAGCAGUGCACGGAAUGCCACAACCGCCGCCAAAAAUCAGAGAGACAAUUUAAAGGCAUAUUUUCUUUCACCUGCUGGAUCUGUUUCCUGGCAGGAAAAUAUGAUUUAAACACCAACUGGUUAAAUCUUUUCAUAUUGACCACUAUUGCAAGACGUAUAGAACACUUGCUCAGAAAGACUUUUUUUUUGUACACUAUACAAAUUACUAGUACUAGUACAAUAUACAACCAACUGAAAGGUUGAAAACUUUAGUAAAAUGUUAAGGGAUAGUUCACCCAAAGAAUUUCUUCUGUCAUUAAUUACUCACCCUCAUGUCG